AUGCAGUCGAAUCAACUCCAUCCAGGAACCCACGCCUUCCAUGUGCCAGCAAAGCAGUUAACAUUCGAAUAUGUGGUGCAUCGUUCACCCAGCACAGAAGAUAAAGCGACACAAAACGUGAUUGUCGUCCAAUGCCCUGGCUGGGGGCUAGGAUCUGAAUAUCUUCAAAAUGGCCUACAAGGACUAUGGAAACCAAACAGCGACCCCAACACCACAAACCCCAUGAACACCGUCAUCUUCUUCCACCCUCGCGGAACAGAUGGAUCAUCCAGACCACCAGCCUCGCAAAUGAGCAGCAUGCCCGAUCUCGCCUCUGACCUAGAGGAUCUGCGCCAGCAUUUGCAUCUGGAAAAAUACCCCGUUCUCCUGGGCCACUCGAACGGCGGAGCGAUUGCGCUGGGAUAUGCGCAGAUAUAUCCCAGCCGUGUCGGCAAGCUGAUACUCCUCGAUCACCAGCUAGUAGGCGUUCAAGAUAAAAGACUUUUAUUGCUCGAAGGUACGCGCAUAGAUGCCCGGUACCAGGCUGCGUGGGACAGGAUGUCGGAUCGGCAGGGCGGGUCGGACGAGGAGUUCACGGAGUCGGUGCGAGGCAUGUGGCCUUUGUAUUUUUUUGAUCCGGGGCGGUACGUGCCCGAGCUAUUGCGUGAUAUUGGCGAGCGCAAGUUGUCGGUUUGGUGCUAUGAGGCUCAGGGGCGAUGUGACAAGAAACUUGGGCACCGGAUGCUAAUGGUGGAGGGGCUGAAAGAUGUCCGGGCGAAAACACUCAUGUUAUUUGGCCGUGAAGAUAUGAUCUGUGGGAUAGGGAUUGCAGAGCGGACGAUAGAGGGUAUUCCAGAUGCUCGAGUAAUCAUUUAUGAUGAGUGUGGGCAUUUUCCGUGGAUUGAGCGAAAAGAACAGACCAUACUUGAUAUCCGUAAAUUCAUUGAAGAAAAGAGAGAUUAG